CUUGCAUCAAAGCACUCGUUCCAUAACAGUCAUCUGAUUGGCAAUAACCUACCCUAGCUUCUAUACUACUUCAAGAACUAGCAGUGAAAAAAAAAAAUUUAUUUAUUUCCGAAAGAUUUCAAACAACUCAAACGGAAAGUCUCAAAAACUAAACUUCCAUAGAAAAGAAAACAAAACAAUCAACACAUAAAAUAUGCUUUCAUCUGUUGUGGAUGACAAGUAUAUCGGAUUGGCGUUGGCCAUGUCGUCGUCACUCGCGAUUGGUACAUCCUUUAUAAUCACUAAAAAGGGUCUCAUGGACGCCUCAGCAAGGAAUGGAGGUGGUGCAGUCCAAGGACAUGAAUACCUUCAAAAUCCAAUUUGGUGGGCUGGUAUUCUCACUAUGGCAGUUGGAGAAAUUGCCAACUUUGCUGCUUAUACUUUUGCACCUGCCAUCCUUGUGACGCCAUUGGGGGCCCUCUCUGUUAUUAUUGGUGCUGUUUUGGCAGCAAUUUUCCUCAAGGAAGAAUUGGGAACCUUAGGUAAAAUGGGCUGUGCCAUUUGUCUUAUGGGUUCAGUCAUUAUUGUUUUACAUGCUCCUCCUGACAAGGAAAUUGACACAGUUGAUGAAAUCUUGGGGUAUGCUACAAAGCCAGGAUUCCUCUUUUAUUGUGUUGCUGUCGCUGCCUACUCUCUCUUUAUGAUUUACAAGAUUGUCCCUAAAUAUGGACACACCAACCCAAUGAUUUACAUUUCUAUUUGUUCCCUGGUUGGUUCUAUUUCUGUUAUGUCCAUCAAGGCUUUCGGAAUUGCCUUGAAGUUGACCUUAGGGGGUAACAAUCAAUUCACCCACCCUUCAACUUAUUUAUUCUUAAUUGUUGUUGCCUUGUGUAUUAUUACACAAAUGAAUUAUUUUAACAAGGCACUUGACCAAUUCGACACUUCUCUCGUUAACCCGUUAUAUUAUGUUACCUUCACCACUUUCACAUUGGUGGCUUCGUUCAUCUUAUUCCGUGGUUUCAACACUGCCUCUGCCGUCAAUAUCAUUUCUCUUUUAAUCGGAUUCCUUAUAAUCUUUAGUGGAGUUUAUUUGUUGAAUAUCUCGAGAAAGGAGAAUGAAGGACGUUCUAGAGAGCUCUUUGGAGUCCAUAACGGGAAAGACAUGGCUCCAUUGGAUAAUGGAGUUGGUGGAUUUUCCUCCAUGAGAAGAUCAAUGCAAGCAUCUCGUGUUGAACAUGAUGAGGAAGAAACUGUUGGUUUGAGAAGAUUUGAUAGUUUUGAAUUAGGAAGUGAUGAUGAAGAUAUAGAUGGUCGUCGGAGAUGAGUUUAGAGGUUAGAAGGAGAGAAAAGUGAUAUGGUAAUAGGGACAAAUAGACGUUGUAUACCAAUAAAUUGUAUAAGAAUUGUAU